AUGCGCCCAGACUUGACCUUUGGCCCGCCGGGCGACGAGUGGCACUACGAGCGACCAUCGCGAACCUAUGAUCUCACCCGGGGCCGGUCGCCGGCUUGGACGGUCGGCACGAGCCAAGGGCCCGUGGAGACGUCGAUUUCGGUGGCACCCCACAGCACGGCGCUCGUGAUUGUCGACAUGCAGAACUACUUCCUGCACCCGAGGUGUCGAGACCAUCCGGCCGGCCUGGCUGCGGUGGAGAAGACCGAGAGGGCCAUUGAGAAAUGCCGCGAAUUGGGCAUCCAGGUAAUUUGGCUAAACUGGGGCCUGACCGACGACGACCUCGCAGCGAUGCCCGCCAGCGUCCAGCGCGGCUUCUCUCGGUCGCUCAUCCUCGGGGAGUCGGACGACAAGGUCGUCCGCCUCGGCCUCGGCGCGGACCUCGGCGACGGCCAGGGCCGCUGCCUCGUCGCCGGGGAGUGGAACGCCGACAUCUACGAGCCGCUGAAGCAGAGCGCCCGCCCGGAGGACGUGCGCUGCGACAAGAACAGGAUGUCGGGCCUGUGGAGCCCGGACCAGCCGCUGCGGAGGUACCUGGGGGGCGGACCGGGUCGGGGCAAGCGCACACUGCUCUUCGCCGGCGUCAAUACGGACCAGUGCGUCCUGAGCACGCUGACGGACGCGUACAACGCCGGGUGGGACUGUGUCAUGCUCGAGGACUGUUGCGCGACGAAGACGCCCGGAGCCCAGGAUGUCUGUCUGUACAAUGUCGCCCUUGAUCGCGUUUGUGUGGUUCUGGUGCUCGUAUUGGAAGCCACGGUUCGACUGGGCGCUCACUAA